UCCUCUCACACAAAAACACAUACACUUACACUUUUAAUAUUCCUUGAUCCUCUCCCUAAUUCUUCUUUUGUUCCUCAAUUUCAUCAUGGCUGCCACUACUCCAGAUUUUGACAUGGAUGAUUACCAGUUCCCACUCCCCGGAUUCCGCUUCCAUCCCACCGACGAAGAGCUCGUCGACUAUUACCUCCGCCGCAAGGUCGAGAAGAAAUCUGUUGCCCUCGAACUCAUCAAACAGAUCGAUAUUUACCGGCACAACCCCUGGGAUCUCCCUUAUGGCGAGGGGGCAGUGGGGGAGAAAGAGUGCUACGUAUUUGUGAAAAGGGGGAGAAAGUACAAGAACAGUGUGAGACCGAAUCGGGUGACGGGUUCGGGAUUCUGGAAGGCGACUGGCAUUGACAAGCCAAUUUAUUCACAGGGAGGUGGCCAAGGCAGCCGCUGCAUUGGCCUGAAGAAAACGCUUGUGUAUUAUAGGGGAAGUGCAGGGAGAGGAAUCAAAACUGAGUGGAUGAUGCAUGAGUUUCGUCUUCCUCCCAACACUGCUUCUUCUUCUACUAUUAAUUCCCACUUCGCCAAAACAAAAAGCAAUGCCCACCAAGAAGCUGAGAUUUGGACGCUAUGUCGGAUCUUCAAACGCAGCGUUUCAUGCAGAAAAUACAGUACACCAAAUUGGAAAGAAAUUCCAGCGGCCAAUAAUAAUGGGAGGGAAGCCAUGGCCAAGUCCAAAACAUAUUGCAGCAGCAAUACUAUGGCUGAAUUUUACGAUAAUGGAGAUCAAUUAAGAGCAACUAAUUACAUAAGUUUCAGCUCUGCUCCCAGCUUUAAUGGUAAUUAUUACUUCGAAGACAAGAUGAAGCCGUUGGUUAAUUAUUGCGACAAAACCAACAACCAAUGGGAGGAGUUUACGAUGAUGAACAGUACUAGUAGUCAACCAGCUGAGGUGGAAUCUGUGUCUCCUCCUUUGUCUGUAAGCCAGUCGCCAGAUUCUUCGGGGUUUGAUGAAGAACCCACUGAUCUGUUUGGGGGUAGUGAAAAUGAAAAUUGGGAUGAACUCAGAUCCAUUGUGGAGUUUGCUUUUGAUCCAUUUUUCGAAUGAUCCUUGAUAUACAGAUUUUAUUAUUGUAUGUAA